GUCGACGCCCGGAAUAUCACAGUCGCAAUUGCCGCAAGACAGUACUUUAACCACUUUUUGUCUAAACAGUGCAGGCACUGCUGAGAUAGAGGCACGAUGCCCAAGCGGCGGAGGUCUGAUGACGAUGAUAUCGACACUCCUGGUCAGUCCACUAUCAAGAGAUGUCGGACCGGACCAAGACGCAAUCUGUUGGACAUUAGUGAUGAGAUCCUACUUCGCAUCCUGUCCAGUCUCGAGACAAAGGACCUACUCCGUACUGAAAGUGUCUCACAGCGUUUUCGCUCGUUAGCCACCGAUCGGGAGAUAUGGAAAGCAAAUUAUUACGAUGCCUGGAUCGAGUCACGAGCCCGUCGAUUACCGCCUACCAAGACCCGAGAAGAAUCAAGGCAUCGAACAAAAAUUGCGAAAUGGCUAGAGCAUGGACAGAAAUUGAGGGAUGGUCCUACUGUCGAUUGGAAACGACAGUUCAAGAUCCGCAGCAAUUGGGUAGCUGGGAAUGCAAAAGUCCAUGAAGUAGAGGUUGCGAAUCCUCCAUCGCCACCAGUCAUCGCAAAACUUCACAAAGGCAUAAUAUUCACUGUCGACCGGUUGUCCGGACUACGGGCAUGGUCGUCGUCUGCCGGGACACGAACUUUGAAGGCUCAACAACCCCUACAUCUCGAAGCCGAAGCAACCUGCAUGGCCCUGGACACCUCCGAUGGCCUAGUACAUGUACUAUUGGGUUUCCGAGAUGGCACUUUCUCAAUGUAUGCUUUUAAAGACGAGGGCAAAAUCGAACCAGUGAUGAGCCACCGCUCAGCAGACGGACCCCUUAUGGCUGUUGCUCUUGCAAUGCCGUAUGCCAUGACCGUUUCCAAGACGAAGUUCCUAUCACUUUAUGAUCUAAGCACACAUCAGGAGGAAGGCGCAGCAGCUGGAAAAUUGGCACCGAUUGCCCGGCUCCAGUCAGAUGCGUCCUUUUCACCGGUUUCACUGGCACUGCGAAGAACGUCCACGAGGGUCAUCGCCACUGUAGCGUAUGCAUUCAACAGGGUGCAUUCUGGAUGGUGCAUGGGAUUGCAGGAGAUCAUGAUGUCGGCAAACGGCCUGUUGUUGGACAGUAGGCUGGCUUCAACGAUUGAAACACCCAUUGAUGCGCGGUAUCAGGGUAAAGACAAAUGGGAGAUGGCCACCCGCGCCGCCAGCUCUUUACCAAUGCCUCUACACCCUCAGCUGAUGAGUCCACCUACUUCAUUAUCUUACGAGCAUCCAUUUCUCGUAUGCACGCUAGCAGACAACACCAUCAUGUCAUUCAUGGUGACCUCGAAUGAAACAAAGCUGGAGGUCAGUGCCGGUCGACGUCUCUGGGGACAUACGUCUGCCGUCUCUGGAGCGGAAGUCAACAAUCGAGGGAAGGCCGUUUCGAUCAGCUGCCGAGGCGAUGAGAUCCGGGUAUGGGAGUUGGAGCCUGUGAUGACGACCAGCGUUCAGACAAAGACUAGCACGCGAAUAAAGGCGGUGCAUGAUCUGUCCGGAAUUGCCACAGCGUUGGCAGAACGAGGCUCCGGGUUAGGGCUUGCUCUCCAUGAGAUGAAACGAGAACUCAGCCUUACUCGUAGAUGGGUAGGCUUUGACGAAGAACAAGUUGUGGUCCUGGGCGAAAGAGAUCAGACACAGAUAAUGGCGCUAUACGACUUUACAUAGAAAGUUUGGCGUUUUAGGGAAAUGAUAUAUGAAUGAAUAAUGGCUCGAUGAAUGAGGUCUGGCCGAUCUCUCA